AUGCUCUCUCAUCAUCGUGGUGAUGAUGUGUUUAGAAAGAAUGUGUGGAACGCCGCCAAAAACAUACAGAGAAAAAAGCAAAUUCAGCAGCUGAAAAAAAUUCCUGGUGACGACGAAAAACAUCUCCAAAAACUUCAUCUCUCUGCGAGCAAACACGACGACGAGGACGACGAAGUAGAGAGAGAAAUGAACGUCUUGACGCAAAUAAAAAACCAACAAGACGCUUCUCUUCGAGAGAUCGAGUUAGGUCUUCCAGAAUCCGCCAGUUGGCACGCGAAAUACAAACACUCCGCGUACGUUUUCGUCGGUGGCAUUCACUCGGAAUUAACAGAAGGCGACGUGUUGGCUAUUUUAUCGCAAUACGGAGAAAUCGUGGACGUGUUCGUUCCCAGAGACGAAAAGACCGGGAAAUCGAAAGGGUUCGCCUUCGUGUGUUACUUAGAUCAGCGCUCGACGAUUAUAGCGGUGGAUAAUUUAAACGGAAGUAAAGUUUUGGGAAGAAUUUUACGAGUGGACCAUUGCGAAGACUAUCGGUUGCGAGAGGAGUUUAACAAGAAGAUUUUGAAAUGGAAGUGCUCGUUGUGCGGAGGAGAUAACUUUGAAGGAAGGGAGAGGUGCUUUAAGUGCAACGGGAACGCUCCGAAGGAAGCGUACGUGGAGGUGAAGAGAGAGGAAGAGGAAGGGGCUUCUUCGUCGUCGUCGUCUUCGGAAGACGACGACGAGAAGGAGGAGAAAGACGGAAACGAGAAACAGCGAGGAGAGGAAGAGGAGAAAGACGAGCAAACGCUCAUGAAUGAAUUGAAAAAACGAAAAGAGAUGGCGGAGAAGCGCGCGAGGGCUAUUGCAGAGGGUAAACCGUUACCCCAAGAGGAAGACGAAGACGAAAAAGAGGAUGGAAGAUCAAAGAAGAGAGCGAAGAAAGAGAAGAAGGAGAAGAAACGUUCAAAGAAAGAAAAGAAGAAAAAGAAGAAAGGAUCCUCCUCCUCGUCGUCGCUGUCCUCGCUAUCGUGA